AUCAGACAGAGGAUUGUUGUGUAACUGAAUAGGCACACUGCGGCUGCAUUGUGUAAAUAGCCUACGUAUUAGAGCAAUGGUUAGUGUUAUGUUCAUUAAGACAUUCCUUUGCGGAUUGAAGCAAAAAGGGGUGGGGGGCUUUACAUAAUUAUGUAGGCCUAUGCUUUUUCACGUGAAAUGGUCCUUUAAAAGAAGGCUGCGUUUGAUCACUCAUAUGCACAUCCACAGUGAGCGGACAGUGAGAAGUGGGCUGUGAUUUCUUCACAUAUUUUUGUGACUAAAUCGCAUUCAAGAUGGUGACUUCCUACCCCUUACCGGAGGGAUUCUCCGAUUUCGAUGUGUUCUCUCUGGGAUCUUGUCUUCUUGUAGAGGGACUCCUUGGAUUCUUCCUAAAUGCCGUGACGGUUGUUGCUUUCCUUAAAAUUAAGGAAUUGCGGACACCAAGUAAUUUCCUCGUAUUUAGUCUUGCCAUGGCUGAUAUGGGAAUCUGUUCGAAUGCCACCAUUGCGGCAUUUUCCAGUUUUCUUAGAUAUUGGCCCUAUGGAUCUGAUGGAUGUCAGACUCAUGGCUUCCAGGGGUUUGUCACUGCUCUCGCCAGUAUCCACUUCAUUGCUGCCAUUGCCUGGGACAGAUACCAUCAGUAUUGCACCAGAACUAAAUUGCAGUGGAGCAGUGCCAUCAGUCUGGUGAUCUUCAUCUGGCUCUUUACUGCCUUCUGGUCUGCCAUGCCUCUGAUUGGUUGGGGAGAGUAUGACUAUGAACCCCUGAGGACCUGCUGCACACUGGAUUACAGCAAGGGAGACAGGAAUUACGUCUCUUACUUGAUCCCUAUGGCUAUCUUCAACAUGGGUAUUCAGACAUUCGUUGUUAUGUCCUCCUACCAGUCCAUUGACAAGAAAUUUAAGAAGACUGGUCAACCCAGGUUCAAUGCUACCACUCCUCUGAAGACCAUGCUUUUCUGCUGGGGUCCAUAUGGAAUCCUGGCUUUCUAUGCUGCCAUUGAGAACGCUAACCUGGUAUCACCUAAGCUGAGAAUGAUGGCUCCCAUCCUGGCUAAGACCUCCCCAAUGUUCAAUGUCUUCUUGUAUGCCCUUGGAAAUGAGAACUACAGAGGAGGAAUCUGGCAGUUGCUCACUGGGCAAAGGAUGGAAGUGCCUCAAAUUGAGAAUAAGUCCAAAUAAAUAAUUAAUUUAAUAAUCACACCUACAUCUAUGUCCUGUAUUUUGUGACAGGUAUGAUCCACAUCUCUGUCUUUUUGAUGUUUCUGUGAUUUUCGUCUUGGUUGAACCUUUGCAUAGUCGCUUCAUUGUGUGAUGUGGUAUCUCACAUCAUUGUCUGUGUGUGAUUUUAUGUGGGUUUUGCAAGGAGUUGUGGUUGGUAUGAGAUCCAAAAAGGAUAUCAUUUUUGUAUCACUGUCAGGGCUUUUUAUCAACCACUCAUCAUAACUGCACAAUUUCUGAAGCCACCCUCUCACAAGAUAUAAAAUAGGUUAUAAAAGUUCAUACACACAAUGUCUUGUGGGCAAACAUAAUAAAGACUUCCAUUCAAAGACAAUUAUCAGGGCAGGUCUGACCUCUUCCACCUUGAUCAAAAGACUUUGCAGGCAGAGCCUUCUGUGCUGCCCCCAGUCUAUGGAACGAUCUACCCCUCCACAUAUGCACUGCCCCCUCCCUAGACUCCUAAAAGCACACCUGCUCUCUGAGGCUUUUGGCCUCUGACCCCCCCAUGACCCGUCCCUUUUGUUUGUUAAGCGACCUAGGGUAUCCUGAAAGGCACUAUACAUUUAAGCCAUCAUUAUUAUCAUCAUUAUUAUUAUUAUUGUUAUAAAAGUAAUUGUGUGUGAAUAGAGAAAAUAAAAAUAAACAAAAGACCCAAACAACCAUUCAGCUGAAGUUAAUUCAGUGUUAACUUCAAUUGUCUUUAUUUAGGUCAAUUGUCUUUAUUUAGGUUGUUAAAAAGCAUAAUUCAACAAACAUUACAAACUCUCCUAUCAUUGAAUUCAUUGCUUAUAUUUCUAGUUUUAGACACAUCUCUGUUAACCUCUGUCUCUGAGUCAGUUGAUGAAAUGUUGUACAUAUUCCAAACCUAUAUCAAAAGAGCUAUUUUUCUAUUCCUUUUUCUGGGAUGGGGGAGGGGGAAGCAUAUGGUCAAAAUCUAUCUUGUUUGAGCUACACUGAAGAGUAGGUCAGCCCAGAGGCAGCAUUAGCAAAGCAACAUUUUCUAAUCCCAUAAACAAGGGUGCUUUUCAUAAAAACACAUUCCCCAGGACCUCAAGAUUAGCAGUGGGAAGGAGAUUAUAAGUCAAACAUACGGUACUUGGAUCUGAUUCUCACAGGCAGAUCUAGUUUUAAAACAACAACAAAAAACAUUUUUAACAAACUUUCCUUUGGAACAAUAUAUUAUAAUCAAGAUAAGGUAAUACAAUGUUGGGGUUAUAAAUUCAGCAGUCAUUUUACUGAACCAUCUACAACAGUGGACAAAAGACAUCACAGCCAUUUUGACCUGAAUAGCCAAAUCAAUUCUGUGAGAUGUAAACUUUACAAAAUGAUAUGAGUACAAUGUAUUAAAAACUGUUACUAGAGGUAAAAUGCAAAAUUUAAUAAGCCCCUUGUUCAUGAAGAAGCCCCAAUUUCUGUGCAAACUCCAGACCUCCAACUGUGACACACAUCACAUACAUGAUAUGUCAAAUAUAUUCAGCUGCUGAAUCUACAAGCAGGAGUGUUCAGGUGUGUUUUUGUGUCUAAAGACAUCAAAAAAUAGUUUAUGUUGUAAAUUCUGUUGACACAAUUCAUUUUGCACCUCAGCCUUUUUAUCAAGCAGUAAUGUUUUCUAAAUAAUUCCCUUAAUGUGCCUGUGAUUGUUCAUGAUGUAUUAUGUAUUAUUGUAUAUCUUUUAAAAGUAAUAACGAUGGCAAACCUAAUUCCCAGCCUGUAAAGCAAGUUGUAAAAGUACACUGUUAUAUACUGGGACAUAUUUAGAGGACCAAAGUAACUGGAAAACAAAAUCUAUACAUUUCAUGAUCACCAAUGAAGUCAAUAGUGCUUGUAUGUUAACUACUUUGUUUCAUAUUGAUGGCUUGUAUAAUUGAUCUUAUGCAUGUGUGUAUGUAAUAUGUGUCUCUAUGAAUGUUCAGCUGUGCUCCAACUUGGUCUGGUGUUGCUGUUGGCUUUGUAUUGUGAAUUGCUCACUAUUCAAGAGUGCUUUUCUCAAAUCUAACUAAUUUCCAUGUUAACAUGCUGCCUUCAUCACAGUGAACUUUUCUUAAAAUGAAAACAACCUGUUUCAUUAAA